AUCACACAAACCCAAGGACAAUUAAGGAUGAAUAUUGGUUUCCUAAUCUCAGCCCUACACCAAGGUCUACCAUGUUCCGGGACUUUGCGACCAAUAUUUUCUGUACGAGAAGAUUGCUAACUAAAAAUCGCCUACCAUGAUGUUCACCGAUGAGACUUCGGAGUCGGUAGCUGUGGAAUCGCAGUGGAGGAGAUCGCACGAGUUGAAGCAGGAGUCGAAAAGCUGUCAGACAGCGACUCUGAAGUCUGCUGAGGUGGGAGCACAAGCCGUGUACCGCUCAGAAAGCGCCACACAGACCGAUCCGCACAGCCAGCUCUCUCAGGAUCCUCACCUCACCCGCCACAGUGAGCUGGAAUCCCCUGGUCUGGUGGAUUUUUUGAACCGGGUCACAGACGUGGUCAUCAGAGAGCUGGCGAAGAACUCCAGGAGUCACGCUUUUGAUGGGUUUGAAGUGAACUGGGAGGACCAGAAUCGAACGGUCUUGUGCAUUCAUUGUCUGCAGUACUGUGAGGCCCAGCAGAGGAAGCUGCACGUGACCAGCCUGUCCUGGAACUGCACAGGCUCUGUUAUUGCGUGUGCUUUUGGCCACACCGACGACGGUGACUGGACCACAGAGAAGUCUUUUGUGUGCACUUGGAAUCUGAACCGCAGAGGUCUGGACCCAAAGCGGCCCGAUGUGGUCAUAGACGCCGCCACAUCAGUCAUGUGUGUGUCCUUCCAUCCUUCACGGCCCUCCCUGAUUGCAGGUGGGCUGUACAACGGGGAGGUGGUGGUCUGGGACACCAGUCAGACACAGGACCCAGUUCUGGCUCAGACGGGCAUGUCACCUGACACACAUCGAGACCCUGUCUGCCAGGUAUACUGGGUGCCGACGGGCCGACGGGGUGAGUUUGCUGUCCUAAGUGCUGGUUCUGGGGGCAGGCUACUCCUCUGGACCAUUGGUGAGGACUCCAAGCUGGUUCUGAGCUCGGGUUAUGCCCUCUCCAGCCAGCAGCUGCCCCAGAGCAGCACGGGGGCCAAGGCCAGAGGUGGCAGCACUGUGGGUAUAUCUUCCCUGGAUCUCUCCCCCUGGGACCGGGACGUCUUCCUGGUGGGAUCCGAGGGGGGCCUGGUACUCAAGUGCUCCUUCUCGGCGACGGAGGUGGCAGCGGUGACGCCGGAUGGCGAGAGCGUGACGUUGCGUGCCCCAGCACAAGUCUCCUACUCGCCACGUUGCGGUCCUGUUCAUGACCUCCACUGCUCCCCGUUCCACCGGAACCUCUUCCUGAGUGUGGGGACAGACGGCUUUGCACACCUCCACAGUCUGCUCCAGCCACAGCCUCUGAUGUCUCUGCGGGUAUCAGACUCGUAUGUUUUUGCGGUGCGCUGGUCCCCGACACGCCCUCUGCUCUUCGCUGCUGCCACUGGAGAAGGGACAGUGCAGAUUUUUGACCUAGGCCUGAUGUCACUGAGACCCUUGGCCACCAUUGGGCAGGAUUCUGGGGGCCAGCCCAUCUACUGUUUGGAGUUCAACCCCCGGCUGCCCCAGCUCCUGGCAGCGGGGAACAACAACGGCACCGUCAACAUCUGGCAACUGAGCACGGAGCUCACCGAGCAGGGGCUCAGGGAGGCGGCACAGCUGGAACAGAUAGCCAAUGGGGUGGCAGAGUAAACAGCCAAGGACAAACAGCUGGCCAAUGGGGUGGCAGAGUAAACAGCCAAGGAUAUACAGCUGACCAAUGAGACACUAGCAUGAAGCAAAAUGGUGAAAGGUGAUGGAGGACGUGCAGUAUGUCGUUUGUUAAGGGAAAGGUGAUAGUACUGAAAAUAUUUCCUUUUGUAAAAUUAAAAGUUCCCAUAUAUACUAAA